AUGUCAAUCCUAUUUCAACCCAGCAAUCCGUCCGAAGAGCCAUACAAGUCCGCAUCAAUCGAUACCAAUAUGCAGAAAAUACAUAUCCCUGUGGGCAUAGUCGAUCGCCUUCGUACUGUCUUCGAGCAGAAGAUUUCUGAGCACCAAUAUGAGCGCGAUGGAGUAUAUGCCGAACGCACUAUGAAAGCUCUGGACAAACUUGAUCGUAACGACAUGACAUACGCAGAACAACUACGAAAUGUAGAGUUUAUAACUCUCUUUCACCUUCCCGAAAACCUCGCUACGUUUAUCCGGGACCAUGAUAACUUCUACCGCGCAACUCUACGAUGCCGAAAGCGCGUGGAUGAGGCUAAAAGCGGGAUGACGAACAUGAGCACAUUGACUGGAGUCAAAUAUCGGAUUAGGAGCCUCCGAAAUUCGGUCUUGCUAGAUGUCCUCAAAGAAGAGCCAAUCGACCUGAUGAAAGAAGACCCAAACGUUGAGCAAGAGUUCAAUGAUUUGGCAAUCCUAUUCAAACUGCAGAUGCUGACGACCCUUACACAACUGGAUAUGUUGAACCAAGAAAUAAUGCAUGACACCGAAAUGGAGAAUGUUGGUUCAGACCACGACAUCAACGAUUUCGGUCAAGUCGUCCCAUCACACCGGAUGCGUCUUCGAGGGAAAGAGGAAGUUUCGCAAGAAAGAGAUCAUUCAGUGCUCUGCUGCAUCUGCCUCGCUCAAUACGAUGGCACCAAGCAUACCGCAUUUCGCCUAAAUGUCUGCGAUCACAUCAUCGGAAAACCUUGUAUGGAUGCCUGGCUCAACAGUACCUCUAAUAAUAGUACUCUCUGCCCACAUUGUCGCGCACACAUCUGCACUCGCCGCCCACGCCGCCCGACAAUCUCAAACGCGACGGCAGAGAUGCUAGAAGAUCGUACCAGGUUGCAGACGCACAUCAUGCGAGCUGUUGACCUCGCAGCACAGGCAAGUGAGGUAUACUUUGAUGUGUAUAGCGGUAGCGAUGAGCACGAUAAAGCCAAUCAUGUUGAGUUUAGUGACGAGGAUUGGAAGGACAAGUUGAUCAGGCAGCUGAACAGGAGGUUGGCUACAAAUCAAGUCAACUAUAUGUUCCUGUUGAUGUGGAAUGACGUAGGGAGUGGCUUGAUCUGGCGGUUAGAGGAGACGGACGUGGCGUUCAGGGAGCUAGGGGCGUGA